UAUAGUGAUGGAAGUCUUAAACGAAAGUCUAAAAAUAAAAAAAUGAAAAGUGGAAGCUAGUUAAAACAAAACCUUACUAUCUCCCGCCAUGUCCAUCACCAACAAUCAACUUAUCCUCUCAUCAUCCCUCCAAUCUCGAUACCAUCAUUCUUUCUCACUCCUCCCAACUCCAACCGCUUUCUCACUCCUCCCAACUCCAACCGCUUUCUCAUUCUCUCUCCUUCGCUAUAACUCCCUCUCUUACUCCCUUAAAUUCCCUCUCUCUUUUUCCUUCAAAACCCCAACCUCAACUAUUCGCGCCUUCGACGACGACGAAGAAGAAGACGAAGACGACGACGAAGAUGAUGAUGAAGACGAAGACGUUGCGGCUGAUGAAUACGACGACGUCGUUUCCGGUGAGGUUUCCGACGAAGUGGAAGCGUUUGAAAUCGAUGAAUUGGCUUUACGCGAUGACGGAUUCAAGUGGCAGAGAGUUGAGAAGCUUUGUAAUGAAGUUAGAGAGUUCGGUUCUGGAAUUAUUGAUGUUGAUGAACUCGCUUCUGUUUACGAUUUCCGAAUCGAUAAAUUUCAGCGGCAAGCGAUUCAAGCUUUUCUGAGAGGUUCGUCGGUUGUGGUUUCAGCCCCGACGAGUAGCGGGAAGACUUUGAUUGCGGAAGCUGCGGCGAUUGCGACUGUGGCUAAAGGGCGGAGAAUAUUCUACACGACUCCUCUCAAAGCGUUGUCUAAUCAGAAGUUUCGCGAGUUCCGGGAGACUUUUGGGGACAGUAAUGUUGGCCUUCUUACAGGUGAUUCUGCCGUCAACAAGGAUGCUCAGGUUUUGAUUAUGACUACGGAGAUAUUACGUAACAUGUUGUAUCAGAGUGUUGGUAAUGUUUCUUCUGGAAGUGGACUUGUCAAUGUUGAUGUAAUUGUUUUGGAUGAAGUACAUUACCUUAGUGACAUAUCUCGCGGUACAGUUUGGGAAGAAAUUGUUAUUUAUUGCCCAAAAGAAGUUCAACUUAUUUCUCUCUCAGCAACUGUUGCAAAUCCAGAUGAGUUGGCUGGUUGGAUUGGUCAGAUUCAUGGUGGAACAGAGUUGGUAACAUCAUCGAAACGCCCAGUUCCUCUGACUUGGCAUUUCUCUAUGAAGAACUCCUUAUUACCACUUCUUGACGAGAAAGGAACACAGAUGAACAGGAAGCUGUCACUCAACUAUUUACAACUUCAAGCUGCAGGUGUUAAACCUUAUAAAGAUGAUUUUAGAAGAAGGAAUUCCCGGAAACGUGGAACUCGCACAAGCUAUGAUAUUGAUGAUAGCAUGUUGGAACAACGUUCUCUUUCAAAGAAUGACAUAAAUGCAAUUCGUCGAUCACAAGUUCCUCAAAUAAUUGAUACGUUAUGGCACCUUCAGUCUAGGGAUAUGCUACCAGCUAUUUGGUUUAUUUUUAGCAGGAAAGGUUGUGAUGCAGCUGUUCAAUAUGUUGAAGAUUGCAAACUUUUAGACGAGUGUGAAACAAAAGAGGUUGAACUAGCCUUGAAGAGGUUUCACAUUCAAUAUCCUGAUGCUGUCAGAGAAACAGCUGUGAAAGGACUUUUGCAAGGGGUUGCUGCCCAUCAUGCUGGAUGUCUACCUUUGUGGAAGGCCUUCAUAGAAGAAUUGUUUCAAAGAGGACUUGUCAAGGUUGUUUUUGCUACUGAAACCCUGGCUGCUGGAAUGAAUAUGCCUGCUAGAACAGCUGUUAUUUCAUCCCUCAGCAAAAGAAGUGACACUGGGCGCACGCUAUUGACCUCAAAUGAACUGCUUCAGAUGGCUGGCCGUGCUGGACGUAGAGGCAUUGAUGAGAGUGGUCAUGUAGUCCUCGUCCAAACUCCUAAUGAAGGCGCUGAAGAGUGCUGCAAGGUACUUUUUGCUGGACUUGAGCCACUGGUUUCACAGUUUACUGCUUCAUAUGGAAUGGUUUUGAAUCUUCUUGGUGGUGCGAAAGCCAUUCAUAGGUCAAACGCAUCAGAUGAGAUGAAACCUUCCUCAGGGAAAACUUUGGAAGAAGCUAGGAAGUUAAUUGAACAAAGUUUUGGAAAUUAUGUUAGUAGCAGUGUUAUGCUGGCUGCUAAAGAUGAACUUAAUAAAAUUGAAAAAGAAAUUGAGUUGCUGAUGUCAGAAAUCACUGAUGAAGCCAUAGAUAGAAAAAGUAGGAAGGCUUUAUCACAGCGACAAUACAAGGAGAUUGCAGAAUUACAGGAAGAUUUAAGGGCAGAGAAACGCGUUCGAACUGAAUUGAGAAAACAGAAGGAAGCAAAGAGAAUAUCUGCCUUGAAACCUUUAUUGGAAGUGUCCGAAAAUGGACAUUUACCAUUUUUGUGCUUGCAGUAUAGAGAUUCUGAAGGAGUUCAUCAUUCAAUUCCUNCUGUGUUUUUGGGGAAGGUCAACUCCCUUAGUGCUUCAAAACUCAAAAACAUGAUCGGUUCUAUCGAUUCUUUGUCAUCAAAAAGUACUGAUUCUGAAUUGAACGAAGAUCAUGUACCAUCAUAUCACGUAGCUCUUGGCUCAGAUAACUCUUGGUAUCUAUUUACAGAAAAGUGGAUUAAAACAGUAUAUGAGACAGGUUUUCCCGAUGUUCCAUUAGUUGAAGGAGAUGCCCGACCUCGAGAAAUUAUGAGUGAUCUUCUUGAUAAGGAGGACAUGAAGUGGGAUAACCUUGCGCACUCUGAACACGGUGGUUUAUGGUUCACGGAAGGAUCUCUGGAAACAUGGUCCUGGAGCUUGAACGUUCCUGUUUUGAGUAGCUUCUCUGAGAAUGACGAGCUGCAACUGAACUCUCAAGCAUUUAGAGAUUCCACUGAACAAUACAGGGACCAAAGAAAUAAAGUUGCACGCUUGAAAAAGCAGAUAUCUCGUACCGAAGGCUAUAAAGAAUAUAAUAAAAUCCUAGACACGGUCAAAUUUAUCGAGGAGAGAAUCAAGCGACUGAAGACAAGAUCCAAGCGUUUGAUUAAUCGGAUUGAACAAAUAGAACCCUCAGGUUGGAAGGAGUUUAUGCAGGUUAGCAACGUCAUACGAGAAACCAGAGCUUUAGAUAUUAAUACACAUGUCAUAUUUCCAUUGGGGGAAACCGCCUCAGCAAUUCGUGGAGAAAAUGAGCUAUGGCUUGCGAUGGUUCUUCGUAGUAAAAUCUUACUAGAACUAAAACCUGCACAACUUGCUGCAGUGUGUGCAGGUUUGGUUUCUGAGGGUAUCAAAGUCAGACCCUGGAAAAAUAACAAUUACAUUUAUGAGCCUUCUGCAACUGUAGUCAAUGUCAUAACACUAUUGGAUGAGCAAAGAAGUGCCCUGCUGGAAAUUCAGGAGAAACAUGGGGUUACAAUAUCUUGCUUUUUGGAUACCCAGUUUUGUGGUAUGGUUGAAGCUUGGGCUUCUGGGUUGACAUGGAGAGAAAUAAUGAUGGAUUGUGCAAUGGAUGAUGGUGAUCUAGCUCGUCUCCUUCGACGCACCAUUGAUCUAUUAGCUCAGAUUCCUAAAUUGCCAGAUAUUGAUCCGUUGUUGCAGCGGAAUGCAAGGGCUGCUUCUGAUGUCAUGGACCGGCCUCCAAUAAGUGAACUUGCUGGGUAGUUUUCUUUUCUGUCUCUGUUGUAUGUUCCAUUUGUAAAUAUUGUAUGAUGAUUAAUUUCCAGAAACACAAUUUAUGAUAUUAUCAUUGUUAUUUUUAUUAACAAAAGCUUAGUGGAAAGUGUGAUUGUUUCAUUUUCUAUA